AUGAACAAGAACAGUAUGCAGUUGAAAAUCCUGCUUUGGUUGCUCUACUGUUGCGUUGGGUUUUAUUCUUUUGUUUCUGCUGUUGUCAAUGAUGAAGUAUCAGCUUUACUAUCUCUAAAAGCUGGUCUUUUAGAUCCAUUAAGUAGUCUUCAAGAUUGGAAAUUGUCCAACAGUUCAGCUCAUUGUAACUGGACUGGAGUUUGGUGCAACUCUAAUGGAGCUGUUGAAAAGCUUGAUCUCUCCCACAUGAAUAUCAGUGGGCAUGUAUCUGAUGACAUCCAACGACUACAGAGUCUCACUUCUCUCAACUUGUGCUGCAAUGGGUUCUCUUCGUCGUUGACAAGAGCUAUAGCCAACCUCACUUCACUGAAAGACUUUGAUAUGAGUCAGAACUUCUUUAUUGGUAGCUUUCCUCUUGGUCUUGGAAGAGCGGCUGGCCUAACUUUGCUAAAUGCUUCCAGCAAUAAUUUCUCGGGAAUUAUUCCUGAGGAUCUUGGCAAUGCGACUUCACUAGAGACUCUUGAUCUCAGAGGGAGUUUCUUUGAAGGUUCCAUUCCAAAAUCUUUCAGGAAUUUGCAGAAGCUGAAGUUUCUUGGCCUUUCUGGGAAUAGUCUCACUGGGCAGUUGCCAGCUGAACUGGGGCUGCUUUCAUCGCUGGAGAAAAUAAUUAUUGGAUACAAUGAGUUUGAAGGUGAAAUUCCGCCAGAGUUUGGAAAUCUAACUAAUCUGAAGUAUCUUGAUUUGGCAGUAGGCAAUCUUGGUGGUGAGAUUCCAGCUGAAUUGUGGACACUUAAGGCACUUGAGACUGUAUUCCUGUAUCAGAAUAAUUUCGAAGGAAAGCUUCCACCUACAAUCGGCAACAUCACUUCACUCCAACUAUUCGAUCUGUCUGAUAAUAAGUUUUCGGGAGGAAUUCCUGCUGAGAUUGUGAAUUUGAAGAAUUUGCAGCUCUUGAAUCUGAUGUCCAACCAGCUGUCAGGUUCAGUUCCCGUUGGAGUUGAAGGGUUGACUCAGUUAGUGGUGCUUGAGCUGUGGAACAAUUCAUUUUCAGGUCCAUUGCCAAGAGAUCUCGGCAAGAAUUCACCAUUGCAGUGGUUGGACGUAUCAUCCAAUUCCUUAUCUGGGGAGAUUCCAGCAAGCUUGUGUAAUGGUGGUAAUCUCACCAAGCUCAUCCUCUUCAACAAUUCCUUCUCAGGUCCACUUCCUGUUUCUUUAUCAACAUGUUUCUCACUUGUUCGUCUACGUAUGCAAAACAAUUUUCUUUCUGGGACAAUUCCAGUUGGACUUGGCAAAUUAGGGAAGCUUCAAAGGUUAGAGUUGGCAAAUAAUAGCCUCACUGGUCAAAUCCCAAAUGAUCUCUCUCUUUCUUCAUCACUUUCCUUCAUUGAUCUCUCUAGAAACCACCUUCGAUCCCCUCUUCCUUCCACAGUUCUUUCCAUUCAAAAUCUACAAACCUUCAUGGCCUCAAACAAUAACUUAGAAGGAGAAAUCCCAGACCAAUUCCAGGACUGUCCUUCACUUUCUGUGCUUGAUCUCUCAUCAAACCAUUUCACUGGUACCAUUCCUGCUAGCAUUGCUUCGUGUGAGAGACUGGUAAAUUUGAAUCUUAAGAACAACCGAUUAACUGGAGAAAUCCCAAAAGCAGUUGCAAUGAUGCCCACACUGGCUAUUCUUGAUCUAUCAAACAACUCUUUAAUUGGUGGAAUACCGGAGAAUUUUGGCUCCUCUCCUGCCUUAGAAAUGCUAAAUGUCUCGUAUAACAAGCUACAAGGUCCUGUUCCUGCAAAUGGCAUGCUAAGAACAAUCAAUCCAGGUGAUCUCAUUGGCAAUGUGGGUCUUUGUGGCGGUGUCCUGCCUCCAUGUAGCCACAGUUUGCUAAAUGCAUCGCAGCAAAGAAAUAUGCAUGCAAAGCACAUAGUUGCUAGAUGGCUUGUCGGGAUUUCAUCAGUUUUAGCAGUUGGAAGUGCGUUAAUUGCAGCUCGAUUUCUCUAUAAAAGGUGGUAUUCGAAAGGAAGUUGCUUCGAAAAAAGUUACGAAAUGGGCAGUGGAGAGUGGCCUUGGAGAUUGAUGGCAUUCCAGAGGCUUGGUUUCACUAGUUCCGACAUUCUCGCUUGCAUAAAGGAAUCAAACGUAAUUGGAAUGGGAGCAACUGGGACUGUUUACAAAGCUGAGAUGCCACGGUUAAACACAGUUGUUGCAGUUAAGAAGCUAUGGAGAUCAGGAACAGACAUUGAAACAGGAAGCAGCAACGAUUUCAUUGGAGAGGUGAAUCUCUUGGGGAAGCUCAGACAUCGAAAUGCAAGGAUUGCUGAUUUUGGGUUGGCAAGGAUGAUGAUUAGGAAGAACGAGACAGUUUCUGUGGUGGCAGGAUCUUACGGAUACAUUGCCCCUGAAUACGGAUACACCUUGAAGGUUGAUGAAAAGAUUGACAUUUACAGCUAUGGAGUAGUUUUAUUAGAACUUCUUACAGGAAAGCGACCCUUAGAUCCCGAGUUUGGGGAAUCUAUCGACAUCGUUGAAUGGAUUCAAAGAAAGAUUAGAGACAACAGAUCAUUAGAAGAGACACUAUACCAGAACGUAGGAAAUUGCAAGCAUGUUCAAGAAGAGAUGCUAUUGGUUCUUAGAAUAGCACUUCUUUGUACUGCCAGACUCCCCAAGGACAGACCAUCAAUGAGAGAUGUGAUAACAAUGCUUGGAGAGGCAAAACCGAGGAGAAAAAGCAGUAGUAACAGCAGUGGAUAUGAUAGUAACAAAGACAUGCCAAUCUUUUGCACACCACCUGUAAAUGGCCUUGUAUAG